AUGGCAAAGACAAAAGGUGAAACUGGUUCCGGAAGCACUCAAGUUUCGGCGAAGAAGAAGGCUGCCAAGCCCCAACCUCCGACGAAACGGACCACCAGACGAACCACAUUCGAGGAAACAUCUAUCAAAGCUAUCGAAGAGCCAGUCGUGGCCAUUCAGACGGAGGAGAGAGGGCCAGAAGACGUCCCUGUGAUGGAAGAACGUGAGGUAGAGAAGGAGACCUCAGAGGAAAUGAUCGAGGUAUCGGAAAAGCCCAUGGAGGAAGAACAGAUCGCACCUACCCCGCCAGUGAAAAAGCUGAGGAAAGCUUUGAGGAAAUCAACUCCCGCUCAAACUGCCGAAGAGCGGGAGCCCACUCCAGUUCUCCCUACACCACCAGCGCCAUCUUUUGAAGAAGGGAAGACGGCGACAGGGUACGAAGAAGGAGAAGAAGAGGGAGAAGAGGCCACCCACGAGACCGAGGUGGAGGCCUCCACCCUUCAAAGCAAGGUGGCGAAGAUUGGAGCGAAAAGGAAGUUGGAUGUCACCAAACCCCCUCUACCCACAAAGACGAGACCGGCGGCGGCCGGAAGUAAGACGAAGGGCAAAGAAGUCCAGAGCAAAACUAGGAGAGCAACCCCCGCUGAAAAGGGAAAAGGUAAGCAAGCCGAGGAAGAUCCGGAGAGGACUGAGACCGUGGACAGCUCCAGAUCUGAGGAUGUUUUGGCGCCAAAGAAACCCACCUCCAGUUAA